AUGGCACCUCCAAUCUCUCUCCCCUCCAUCUCUCUCCUCUCCAUCUCUCUCCCCACCACCCCACCCCUCCCAAUCAUCCUCUCUCCCCUCCACGCCCCCAUCUCCCAAACAGACUACCUAUCCCGAUGCCAGCAUCACGCACUUUUCACAUCCAGCUGGGGCUAUUGGACCAGUCUUAUAUAUAUUCUGUCAUAUAUCUGUGGCAUUGUAUUGAUUUGGCUGGUAUAUCUUUCCGUGGAUAGCGAGAGGAAGGAUAAUUAUUCGUGGGCAAGGUGGUGGGAACAGGGAAAUUCUGGAGAGGUGCUUGCUACAUCUGGAUCUGGAGAUGUAUCGGAGGGACUAUAUGGGGUGAGGAGAGAAGUGAGAGAGAGUAGUGAAGUUGUGACGGGUAUAAGGAUAUCGAUGAUCGGGGAGGAGAACUUGAAAGGGGGUGAGAGUGGAAGUCGAAAUCCACCACCUCCAUACGAAUCAUCCGCCUCCAAUACGCAGCCACAAUUUCUCGGCCCAGUUCCAGCUACCGCCCCUAUUCCUACAUCCACGAAAAGUGUCAAGAAACCCUCAGAACAAUUUGUAAAAGAGACCCUAAUAUUUUGUCUAUUAAUGAUCGACCUUUUCUUCCAAGCACUCGCCAUUCAACAAUUAACCUACUGUGAUGACGACAACAGAGACAAAAAAAAGCUCUCAAAAGGCUGGGUGAUUCUUUGGUGGUCAUUAUGCUCUCCUUUGUACCUAGGAGCGUUUUCAUCCCUCUUAUGCUGGGCCAUUUUGUUUCGGGAUCUGUGGGGAGCAGAUUCGAAAAAGAGGUUUCCCAUUGAUCCAUCUUGUGUAUGGAUGUUUCUAUUUGGUCUGGUGGUUACAGCUAUUUCUUCGCCGGCUAUAAUAGCGACGAGAAGUUAUAUGGGGCUUGUUUGGUGCGUGGAGAGUUGCCAAAGGGGGUUUUGUGGUGGGAAUGCGGAAGAGGAUGAAGGAGAGGAGUUGGAGAGUAUGGAGGAAGGGAGGAUAAUGGUUGGCGGAGAGGAAAGAGAAGAGGCAGAUAUGCUGAUGAGAAAGCUGAAGAGGAAGAGAAACUUGGAUUGA